AUGAGUGGCAAUUCGAGUACGAAUGUCCAGUCUAAUACAUUGGCGACCUCCCUGAAAGUGGGUGCUGUGAGUGGUGCUGCUGGACUUGUUUAUGGAGGUAUCUCAGGUGUUAUCCGAUCACCGCAUCCCAUCGUACAUUCCCUCUCUUGUGGGAUCCACUGGUUUGCAUGUGGAACCUCUUUUUGGUGGUUGAGAAGCAAUCUGCUCGCGCAUUACUUUGAAGACAAUGCUACGUCCAAGCAGCGAACCUACGCCAGUGCUGUUUCUGGGGGGAUUGCUGGUGGUGGUGUUACCAGGUUGAUGGGAGGUCGGCUCAUUCCAGGGGUGGUUGUCUUUUCUUUACUAGGUUAUGUGGGACAGAUCUCCUACAAUGCGAUCGAUAGAUGGCAGCUGGAGCAGGCCAAUGCUCCCUCGAAGCCGAUUCUGCAACGCAUCGCGGACUCCAAAUGGAUUCCGCUCAAGGCUCUCUCUGAUGAUGAAUACAGGGGGAUUUUGCAUGAAAAGUUGCUGAGCAUCGAGGCUGAAAUGGCACUCAUCGAUGAGAAGAUUGAAGAGCUGCAGCAGUCCAAGCUAACCGUAUCAGAUCCGGUAUCUUCUGCGCCGGAGAAACGGUAG